AUGAAUGAUCUGCAGGUGGAGGAACCGAGUGCUUUUGAAUCUGCUUCAACUCAGUGCGUGAGAGUAGGAGACAACGAGCAGCUCGCCCUGCAGAUGGACGGGGAUGUUCUAAUAGGGGGAUUUUUCCCUUUGCACUACCUGGCCUCUGAGCUUCAGCACAGCUACCAAAGCAAACCCCAGGUCCCACCUUGCAGCGGAUUUGAUCACAGAGCCUUCCGCUGGAUGAUGACGAUGGCGUUUGCUGUGGAGGAAAUAAACAACAAGUCCAGCCUCCUACCUGGUGUCAAGCUCGGCUAUCGCCUCUUGGACAGCUGUGACAACGUCCACAGCAGUCUGCGGGCCCUUUUGUCUUUACUUACUUUCUCAGAGUCUGCGGAUGAUGAAACUCCCCGCUGUCUGUCUGGCUCUCCCAUCCCCGCAGUCAUUGGUCUCGCAUCGUCUUCCCCUACAAGGGCUGUAGCUCAAGUUCUUGGCCCUUUCGACAUCCCACUGGUGAGUUAUUUUGCCACUUGCACCUGCCUCAACGACAAGCAAGUGUAUCCGUCAUUUUUGCGGACUGUGCCGAGCGACCUUUUUCAAGUCGGAGGUCUCGUACAGCUGGUCACAUUCUUAGGAUGGCAAUGGGUGGGCACCAUAGGGACGACAGAUGACUACAGUCAGUACGGCAUACAGGAGUUCUCCAAUCACUUCAGAAGCAGCGGCGGCUGCGUGGCUUUUCACCUGACUAUUCCGAAAUCACCGACGGCGGCUGAGAUUCAGGACAUGGCGGACAUACUGCAGAUUUCCACCGCAAACGUGGUGGUGGUUUUUGCGGCCGAGGGGCAACUUUGGGAUUUGUUCCUGGAACUUUCCCGUAGAAAAGUAACAGGGAUCCAGUGGGUGGCUAGUGAAGCCUGGGUGACGGCCGGCCUUCUGACGUUUCCGAACUUCCACGACCUUUUAGAGGGAACGCUCGGCUUCUCUUUCCCCGGAGUCAAUAUCCCUGGGUUGAAAGAGUUCCUCCUUAAUGUCCGUCCGUCUCCCGAACCGGGAAUGGAGUACAUCAACAUGUUCUGGGAGGAGCAGUUUGGAUGUCAGCUCCGGUAUGAACGUAUAAAUGCUGAUCCAAAGCCUGUAUGUACAGGCUCGGAAGACCUGAGUCUCACAUCAAGCAGCUACACUGACGUAUCUCGGGUCAGAAUAUCCUACAAUGUGUAUAAGGCUGUGUUUGCCAUCGCCCACUCUCUCCACAACUUACUUAACUGUGGCUCUGCAGGAAUAAAUGAGGGUAUGUGUGACAAAAACACAGAAUUCACUGCAGGACAGCUCCUGUACCAUCUGAAGAGAGGAAAUUUCACAAAUCAGUUUCAGGAGAGAGUUUACUUUGACGCUAAUGGAGAGCCAGUCCCUUUAUAUGACAUCAUUAACUGGCAGAAGGACAGCAAGGGGGAAAUCAGAUUUGUUAAAGUAGGAGGCUAUGAUGGUUCAGCUCCACUGGGGCAACAGCUGAAGAUAAAUGGCAGCGCUAUUGUAUGGACAGGAGGCCAGUCACAGGUGCCUGUUUCUCAGUGCAGUGCUCCAUGUCGCCCCGGCAGCCGACAGGCCAGACGUCCAGGAAAACCUCAGUGUUGCUUUGAUUGCCUGCCUUGUGCAGAUGGAGAGAUCAGCAACCAGACAGGGUCCACCGAGUGCAUUAAAUGCCCGGACUCCUACUGGUCCGACAAAGACAAGGUGAAAUGCGUCGCAGGGGUUGAAGAGUUCCUGUCUUUCAGCGAGACCAUGGGCAUCGUCCUCGUUCUGCUGACCUUGCUCGGCGUCGUCCUGACAGCCAUCAUUACUGCCAUCUUCCAUCGUUUUCGCACCACGCCCAUUGUUAAGGCCAACAACUCCGAAAUAAGCUUCUUGCUUCUUCUGUCGCUGAAGCUUUGCUUCCUCUGUUCCCUGGUGUUCAUUGGCCAACCCUCGGUGUGGACAUGCAUGCUGCGCCAGGCGGCGUUUGGGAUUAGCUUUGUCAUCUGCCUGUCCUGUCUCCUGGUUAAGACUGUUGUGGUUCUUUUGGCUUUUCGGGCUAAUGUACCGAGCUCCGGGGGUCUGAAACUGUUUGGUCCAACCCAACAGAGGACUAUGAUCUUCUGCACAACGACUCCUCAGAUUUGUCUGUGUGUUGGCUGGCUCUUGGGCGCACCUCCAUUCCCUGUCAGGAACCCCACAUAUCAAGCUUCAUAUGGAAAAAUCGUUUUGGAGUGUAAGGAGCCAUGGCCGCUUGGGUUUUACCUGCUGCUAAGCUACAUCGGCCUGCUUGCGUUUGUGUGCCUCCUGCUGGCGUUCCUCGGACGGAAGCUGCCAGACACCUUCAACGAAGCCAAGCUCAUCACCUUCAGUAUGCUGAUUUUCUGGGCGGUGUGGAUCUGUUUCAUCCCAGCUUACAUCAGCUCACCCGGAAAGUUCUCGGUAGCCGUGGAGAUAUUUGCAAUAUUAGCUUCCAGUUUCGGUCUUUUGUUGUGCAUCUUUGUACCCAAAUGUUACAUAAUUCUUCUCCACCCUGAAAGGAACAUUAGAAAAGGUAUGACUGGAAAAUAUAAAUAA